AUGCAAGACGCAACGCGCCGUUUCUCCAAGGCGUCCGCCUCGCGCGUCGAGACCGGCGUCGACACCACCAAUGCGGAUCGGACCCUCGAGGAUAUGGGGUAUAAGCCUGAAUUGGCGCGCAAUCGCUCCAUCUGGCAGGUGACCUUUAUGUGCUUCAUUCUGUCUUCGGUGCCCUACGGUCUCUCCACGACGCUGUACUACCCGCUCGUUGCUGGUGGCCCUGCCAAUAUCAUCUGGGGCUGGGUGGUGGUCUCCUUCUUGAUUCUCUGUGUGGCUAUUUCUCUGGCUGAAAUUACUUCCGUCUAUCCAACGGCUGGUGGAGUAUACUAUCAAACAUUCGUCCUCUCGCCUCUCUGGUGCCGUCGCGUCGCAUCCUGGAUCUGUGGCUGGUCCUACGUCGCCGGCAAUAUCACCAUCACCCUCGCCGUGAACUUUGGUACCACGUUGCUCUUCGUCGGCUGCCUCGAUGUCUUUGAAAAGUCGCCCGGCGUCGGCAUCACCGAUGAUUUCCAGACCUAUCAGACCUUCUUGAUUUUCCUGGCCAUCACCCUGUUGACCCAUGCCAUCUCGGCCUUUGGUAACAAGUGGCUGCCCUGGUUGGAGACUUUCGCUAUUUUCUGGACGAUCGCCGGUUUGAUCGCGAUUGUGAUUUGUCUUUUGGCGAUUGCCAAGGAAGGUCGUAACAAUGCUUCGUGGGUCUUUGGUCACUUUGAGCCUCAAGCUGGCUGGCCCGCGGGCUGGUCGUUCUUCAUCGGCUUGCUGCAGGCUGCCUACGCCACGUCGGCUACGGGCAUGAUCAUCUCUCUCUGCGAGGAAGUCCGCGAGCCCGCGGUCAUGGUCCCCAAGGCCAUGGUCGGUACUAUCGUCAUCAACUUCGUCGCCGGCCUUCUCUUCCUGAUCCCCGUCUGCUUCGUCAUGCCCGAGCUCAGCCUGCUCAUCAAUUCCUCCCAGCCGACUCCUGUCAUCUUCAAGCACGCGAUCGGCAACUCGGCCGGUGCUUUCUGCCUGACCAUCCCUCUGCUGGUGCUCGGUGUCAUCUGUGGUGUUGGUUGCGUCACGGCCACCUCGCGUUGCACCUGGGCCUUUGCUCGUGAUGGUGGCAUCCCCGGCUCUGGCUGGUGGCGCACCGUCGACAAGAAGCUCAACAUCCCUCUCAAUUCGAUGGCGCUGGGUAUGGUCAUUGAGAUUGUUCUGGGUGUUAUCUACUUCGGUUCCACCGCCGCCUACAAUGCCUUCUCCGGCGUGGGUGUCAUCUUCUUGACCAUGAGUUAUGCCUGCCCCGUGGCAGUCUCCUUGAUCUUCCGUCGUCGCGAGGAUAUCAAGAACGGCAACUUCAACUUUGGCGUCGUCGGUCUCAUUGCCAACAUCUUUGCCCUCGCAUGGAGUAUCCUCGCCAUCCCCCUCUUCUGCAUGCCCACUCUCAAGGUGGUCACCCAGGAAAGUAUGAAUUACGCGUCGGUUGUGUUUUUCGGUUUCGUGCUCAUCGCAGGCAUCUGGUACGGUGUCUGGGGCUACAAGAACUACCGUGGCCCACCCACCGAUGCCGUCGACCACGACGACGAGUCCAUACCCCCAGCCUACCCCGAGGCCACCGAAGUUCCAGACAAACCCACCGAUCUGCCUGGAAAGUCCAAAAGCCCAUGA